AUGGUGCUGCUUAUUCAAAUACCGCGGCUGCCAUGGUGCUGCUUAUUCAAAUACCGCGGCUGCAAUGGUGCUGCUUAUUCAAAUACCGCGGCUGCCAUGGUGCUGCUUAUUCAAAUACCGCGGCUGCAAUGGUGCUGCUUAUUCAAAUACCGCGGCUGCUAUGGUGCUGCUUAUUCAAAUACCGCGGCUGCCAUGGUGCUGCUUAUUCAAAUACCGCGGCUGCUAUGGGGCUGUUUAUUCAAAUACCGCGGCUGCCAUGGUGCUGCUUAUUCAAAUACCGCGGCUGUCGCCACCGUAACGCGUGCUGUUUAUUCAAAUACCGCUGCUGCUAUGAAGUUGCCGUUAUUUAAACAGUCAUGCCGUUAUGGUGCUGCUUAUUCAAAUACCGCGGCUGCUAUGGUGCUGCUAAUUCAAAUACCUCGGCUGCUAUGGGGCUGCUUAUUCAAAUACCGCGGCUGGUAUGGUGCUGCUUAUUCAAAUACCGCGGCUGCCAUGGUGCUGCUUAUUCAAAUACCGCGGCUGCCAUGGUGCUGCUUAUUCAAAUACCGCGGCUGCCAUGCUGCUGCUUAUUCAAAUACCGCGGCUGCCAUGGUGCUGCUUAUUCAAAUACCGCGGCUGCUAUGGUGCUGCUUAUUCAAAUACCGCGGCUGCCAUGGUGCUGCUUAUUCAAAUACCGCGGCUGCCAUGGUGCUGCUUAUUCAAAUACCGCGGCUGCCAUGGUGCUGCUUAUUUAAAUACCGCGGCUGCCAUGGUGCUGCUUAUUCAAAUACCGCGGCUGCCAUGGUGCUGCUUAUUCAAAUACCGCGGCUGCCAUGGUGCUGCUUAUUCAAAUACCGCGGCUGCCAUGGUGCUGCUUAUUCAAAUACCGCGGCUGCUAUGGAGCUGCUUAUUCAAAUACCGCGGCUGCCAUGGUGCUGCUUAUUCAAAUACCGCGGGAGCCAUGGUGCUGCUUAUUCAAAUACUGAGGCUGCCAUGGAGCUGCUUAUUCAAAUACCGAGGCUGCCAUGGUGCUGCUUAUUCAAAUUCCGCGGCUGCUAUGGUGCUGCUUAUUCAAAUACCGCGGCUGCUAUGGUUCUGCUUAUUCAAAUACCGCGGCUUCCAUGGUGCUGCUUAUUGAAAUACCGCGGCUGCUAUGGUGCUGCUUAUUGA